UAUCAAGUUGUCUAAAAAGCAAAUGCAUUAUUAAAGAUAGAAGCGACUGCCAAAGUUGACUUGCUCUUUCAUUGCAACUCAUAUCUCUUCUUCCAAAGAAGGUCGCUAAAAGGUGAAUCAGAUAGAAGCGAGCUGCAGAUCUGUUAUUUAAAAGGAGAGUAAUAAUGGCUGAGGGAGUUGUGUCAUUUGGACUGGAGAAACUCUGGGAGCUCCUUAGUCGAGAAUCAGAGCGAUUGCAAGGAGUGCAUGAGCAUGUUGUUGAUCUAGAACGUCAGAUGAGAAAGUUCCAGUCACUGUUGAAAGAUGCAGAUGCCAAGAAAUAUGGGAAUGAAGUAACAGUGAGAAACUUCUUGGAAGAUAUCAAAGACAUUGUUUAUGACGCUGAAGAUAUAAUCGAAUCCUUUCUUUUGAAAGAAUCUAGUGGUAACGAAAAAGGGAUCAAGAGGCGAGUGAAAAGACUUUCUUGUUUCUUAGCGAACCGACGAGAUAUUUCUAUAGAAAUUGAAGGCAUAAGUAAGAGAAUGUCUGAGGUUAUUGCGGAAAUGCAGAGCUUUGGAAUAAAAGAAAUCAUGAAUGAUGGCCGUUCACUGUCUCUAAAAGAGAGACAAAAGGUGCAGAGGGAGAUCAGACAAACAUUUCCUAAGGGUUCUGAAAAGGGUCUUGUGGGGGUAGAUGAGAGUGUUGAAGAAUUGGUUAGUCAUUUGGUGAAGAAUGAUAACAUUCAAGUGGUUUCCAUAUCAGGGAUGGGUGGUAUUGGUAAAACCACUCUUGCGAGACAAGUUUUUCAUCAUGACAUUGUUCGACGUCAUUUUGAUGGAUUUGCAUGGGUAUGUGUUUCAAAAGAGUUUCAGCGGAAGGAUAUUUGGCAAAACAUCUUGCAAGAAAUUAGACCACAUGAUGAGAACAUCAAAGAGAUGGAUGAGAAUAAACUCCAGGCAGAGCUCUUUGUAUUGCUGGGAACAUGUAGAUAUUUAAUUGUCAUCGAUGAUGUAUGGAAAAAUGAAGACUGGAAUAGAAUAAAAGAUGUUUUCCCCCAAGAAAGAGGUUGGAAAAUGAUUCUUACUUCUCGCAAUGAAGGUGUUGGUUUACAUGCAGACCCAGCAUGUUUUGCCUUUACACCAAAAAUCCUUACUCACGAGGAAAGUUGGAAGCUAUGUGCAGGGAUAGCAUUAUCUAGAAUAGACAAAACUGAGUUUAGUGUUGAUAAAGAACUAGAAGAUAUGGGUAAGAAAAUAGUUACAUAUUGUGGAGGACUACCGUUAGCUGUUAAAGUGCUGGGAGGCUUGUUAGCUAAAAAAAAAACAGUUGACGAGUGGGAAAGAGUAUAUAACAAUAUUCAAACGCGGAUCAUUGGUUUAGAUGAUAACAAACAAGAUUCAGUUUAUCGAGUAUUGUCUUUGAGCUAUGAAGAUUUGUCAAUGGAGUUAAAGCAUUGCUUCCUUUGCCUAGCUUAUUUCCCUGAAGAUUACAAAAUACAAGUGAAUAAAUUGUGUUAUUUAUGGGCAGCAGAAGGAAUAAUAACGUCAAGUUGCGAUGGACCAACCGUUCAAGAGAGUGGAGAAGAAUACUUGGAAGAGUUAAUAAGGAGAAAUAUGGUUAUUGCUGAAAAAGAUAGUUUGAGUUGGAGAUGGGAGUCUUGUCAAAUGCAUGACAUGAUGAGAGAAGUAUGCUUAUAUGAAGCCAAAAAAGAGAACUUUCUUCAAGUCAUCAAAGCCUCUACUACUUCCACUUCCAAUGUCAAUGUUAAUACCGGUAGAUCUCGCAGACUCGUAGUUCAUGGUGGUAAUGUAUUUAAUAUGCUGGGACGUAAAAGCAAUAAAAAGGCUAGAUCUGUUUUGGGUUUUGGACUCGACAACAACUGGUGGAAGAAGUCAGAUCAAGGAUUUCAAAGUUUACAUUUACUUCGGGUGUUAGAUCUGGGUUUACAAUCAUAUGAUGGAGCUGGCUUUAAAGGAGGGAGAAUACCUUCCAGCAUUGGGAAGCUCAUUCAUUUGAGAUUUUUGGGCUUAGAGGUGACUUCGGUAUCUCAUGUACCUUCAUCUCUACGGAAUCUAAAGCUUCUACUCUAUUUGGAUUUAUCCUUCAUGGAGUUGAGUAUUCACGUGCCAAAUAUCUUUAAAGAGAUGGUAGAGUUGAGAUACCUGUCGCUACCCUUUUCUAUGGAUGAUAAAACAAAGUUGGAAUUGGGUAAUCUAGUGAACCUGGAGUUUUUGGAGUGGUUCCGGUCGGAAAAUUGUAACAUCACAGACCUCCGCGGUAUGACUAGGCUCAGGAAUCUCCACGUAAUUCUCGAUGGCAGGUAUACUUGUGAAACUCUAGCGUCAUCUCUCCGUGAAUUAAGAAACCUGGAGACGCUUUGUCUGGUCUCCGAUGGGGCUUAUGAUGUGGAUUUCAUUUGGAAUUUCAUUCAUCUAAGGGAUUUAGACAUGAGGAUGCUUAUGUCAAGGCUUCCUGAGCACUCUCGAUUCCCUCCAAACCUUUCACGCAUAUCUCUACAUGGAUGCAGAAUGGAGGAGGACCCACUACCGAUUCUUGAAAAGUUGCUUCACUUACAGUCGGUUGAGUUACACGAAAGUGCUUUCGUGGGGACGAAAAUGGUGUGUUCAAAAGGUGGAUUCCCUCAAUUACGUAAGCUAGUUUUAUGGGGUCCAAACGAGUUGGAAGAGUGGGAAAUCGAACAAGGGUCGAUGCCUUGUCUUCGUACUUUGGAUAUAGUGUGUUGUGCCAAGUUGAAGGAGAUACCGGAAGGGCUCAAGUAUAUAAUUUCUUUAAAGAAACUGUACAGUUUAGGUAUGAACAAGGAGUGGAAUGAGAAAUUGGAAUCAGGUGGGGAAAGUUACUACAAAGUCCAACACAUUCCUAGUGUUCAAUUGGACUAUGAUGGCGACGAAGAAAGAGAAUAAAACGUCUCAGGUGAAUCCGCUACUGAUUGGUGUGAUGGGAUAUAUAAGUCGUUUUUGUUGUGUUGAUGUAAAAAAAAAAAGUUUGCAUCUUGCCUGCGAGAGAUAUUCCGUUUAUCUAUUGCAUGCUCACUCCGUAAUGCUAUGUUUGAAGUACAUUUUGUAUGUGGAACAAUAUUUUCUUCGAUGUCUGUUUUUUUUUUGUAUGACAAUGCUUUAAUAGUGAUCACUGAACAUGAUUUUA